CGCGGACAUGUGCAGGAUGUCCUUCAAGAAGGAAACCCCACUUGCCAACGCCGCAUUCUGGGCGGCCAGGAGAGGAAACCUGGCACUGCUGAAGCUGUUACUGAACAGCGGCCGGGUGGACGUGGACUGCAGAGACAGUCACGGCACCACGCUCCUGAUGGUGGCUGCCUAUGCUGGCCACAUAGACUGUGUGAAGGAACUGGUUCUGCAAGGAGCAGAUAUCAAUCUUCAGAGAGAGUCAGGUACAACUGCCCUGUUCUUUGCUGCCCAACAAGGCCAUAACGAUGUCGUAAGAUUUCUCUUUGGAUUCGGAGCAUCCACUGAAUUUAGGACCAAAGACGGGGGCACCGCCCUGUUGGCUGCCAGUCAGUACGGGCACAUGCAGGUGGUGGAGACCUUGCUGAAGCAUGGAGCCAACAUCCACGAUCAACUUUAUGACGGAGCCACUGCCCUCUUCCUAGCUGCCCAAGGCGGCUAUUUGGAUGUCAUUCGGUUACUGUUGUCUUCAGGAGCAAAGGUCAACCAGCCAAGGCAG